AUGGAAAGAUGUUUAUUUCGUAUGCGUAUGGAUGUUGAUUAUAAUGAGUUGAUAGAGUUUGAGUUAUUAUCAGUGGCUGAGCUUUUGGGUGUAAGUGCUCAAGACUUUAAGUUAUCAUAUUAUAAGGAUGAAAGUACACCUUGCCAACUCUAUUCCCAAUCUUUAACUGAAUAUUAUCGUAAUUAUUCCCCUGAUAGUUCAAUUUCUAACUUCAACAGACUUGAAACUACUGAUCAAAAUGUAUUUCUCUUUGGUACUGUUCCAUCAAUUGAUAUUGCUAAAGCUAUUUUUGAUCGUUCAAUACUCAACAAAGAAGUUAUUAAAGUAUGGGUUGAGUGUGAGGAUUAUGAUGAAUUAUUGGACUGUGUGUUAAAUAAGUGUAAAGAUGAAAUAGAGGCUCAUUUGCUGGGUAAAAGUUGGUGCGUAAAGUAUAGCAAGUAUAAUAAUAAAUCGAAUUCCGAUGAUAUAGUUAAAGUCCUCGAUAAAUUAUUACCCAUUUUUCAACAUGCUGGGGAUGUCAAUUUAAUUAAUCCAAUCACCAAAAUCGCAAUUAUCGAAAAAUAUAAUAUAAAUAAGAAGACUUGUGAGAAGAAAUUGGAUAGGAUAUAUUUUGGGAAUAUAUUAUUCGAGCGUAAUGACAGUCCUUGGUGGACCAAUUAUUGUCUUUCUAAUAGACCUAUUUUGGGCCCAACUUCUCUUGAUAAUUCACUUUCAUUUAUUUUAUCAAACUUGGUACUCCAUUACGCUGUUUCCCAUAAUUUAGGUAAGGUGAAGAAUGGAACUGUAGUUUAUGAUCCCUUUGUUGGUUCUGGUGGCUCAUUAAUCUCAUCAUCCAUCUUUGGUGGUUUUUGUAUUGGUAGUGAUAUUGAUAUACGUAUAUUGAGGGGUUGGGGUAUCUCUUAUAUUAAGAGUAACACUACUGAAUCAGAUGAGAAGAAUAUUUUCGUCAACUUUAACUACUACAAAUUAUUAAUCCCUGAUAUUAUUCGAUUUGAUAUCAAAUAUUCCCCUUUUAAAGAAUCGAAUGGAUGGGUUGACACUAUUAUUACAGAUCCUCCCUAUGGUAAUAGGGCGAGUUAUAUGAAUAACAAAUUAAUGAAAAACAUAAAGAAUGAUUUGAAGCAUAAAAAUUGCCUUGAACUAAUCACCUUUUUACUCCAAAUUUCUCUUAACAUACUCGUCAAACAUGGUCGACUCAUUUUCCUACUACCAUCGCAUAUCAACAACAUUGAUGAGAGUUUGAAAUUAAUAAAUUGUAAAGGUUUUAAAAUCGUUUAUAUAGGACAACAAUUAUUAACUGGAGGACAAUGUAGAUUCAUUAUAACAUUAGAAAAAUUAUAA